CCGCCGCUUCUUACCGUACGAGUUCGAGCUCCGAAAGAGGAGCACCGCAGUCGUUCCGACGAGGAUGGCCGGCGGAGCGAGCGCGACGGCGCCCUCGACGUACUCGCCGUCGCCGAACCAGAAGAAGAAGCCGCCGCUCUUCAAGGACGGCGACCUCGACUGGGUCCGCCCCGACGGCCGCGAAUUUCACCAGUGCCGGCCCGCUUUUUUCAGAACUGGCGCAGUUAAUGCUGCUGCUGGAUCUGCUUAUGCUGAAUUUGGCAAUACCAAAGUCAUAGUAUCAGUAUUUGGCCCCAGAGAAAGUAAAAAGGCAAUGAUGUACAGUGAUAUGGGCCGAUUGAACUGUAAUGUCAGUUAUACGACUUUUGCCACUGCAGUUAGGGGACAGGUUUUGGAUCAGAAAGAGUCCUCGUCGAUGCUUCAUAAAGCUUUGGAGGGUGCAAUUAGGUUGGAAACUUUUCCGAAGACAACUGUUGAUGUAUUUGCACUGGUUUUGGAAUCUGGCGGGAGUGAUUUGCCUGUGGUAAUAUCUUGUGCUAGUCUUGCCUUGGCAGAUGCUGGAAUUAUGCUCUAUGAUCUUGUGACUGCUGUUUCUGUGUCUUGUUUGGGUCCAAAUCUUGUCAUCGAUCCGAUAUCAGAAGAAGAAAGCUACCAAGAUGGAAGUCUGAUGAUAACUUGCAUGCCUUCUCGUUAUGAAGUCACCCAGCUAACCAUCACUGGAGAAUGGUCGAGCGCAAGGAUAAAUGAGGCUAUGCAGCUUUGCCUUGAUGCCUGCUCAAAGCUCGGGAAGGUCAUGAGAUCAUGCUUGAAAGAAGCUGCUUCCGCAUCCGAGGAGAGUUGAAACCUUCUUUGUUUUUUGGCGUCACUCAUUUACAUUAUUUUUGUCUGUUUGUUAUUGCAUAGUUUGUAGAGAUCGCAAGCCUUCUUUUUCAAGACGAAAAAGAUGUCGAGAUGCUAAUAUCUUUCAAUAGAAAAUUUUGGUCGGGUCACCGGAGCAUGCAUGUAAUCUACCUGUUCCCUGGCUUCCUAGUUCUUGAGCUAUAUAUAUAUAUAUAUUUGAACAACA